AUGUCAACUCAAAUUUAUCAAGUUCCAGUUGUCAGUAAUGGGCUUAGAGAAACAGAGUCAAUUCUUCAAAUUGUAGAUUCACUUGAAAAACUUGAAAAAGUUUUCAAUGAAAUGUAUACAACCAUUUCAACCAGGGUAGCACACGAAAAAGCUAGAAUUGAUAAUGUUGCUAGUAGACUAAACAAUGCACAACAUAAAGUUAAACAGGUUGUUGGUAGUAAACAAGCUAUAACAGUAUUUAGUAGUGCAAAAUAUCCAGCAGAAAAGAAAUGGGCAGAUUAUGUGCCAAUAUAUAGCGGUAAAAACAAGUUACCAUUUAAACCAUCACACUAUCAUCUUCAUGAAGACGAACAGAUUAAAAAUAGAGCAGAAGAUUCAUAUAUGGAUGUAAAUGAUUUAGUAUUUAUCGAAAAAAGUAUAGAUGCUGCAUCAAAAGAAGUUGAAUUUAAAGAAGGUUUAGGUAGAUUACCACAGCAUUUAUCAAGUGUUUCAAAUUUACUUUUAUUUAAUACCCAAGAUAAUCCAUACAAGAAAUAUUCGAAUACAUUAGAUAAUCUUGCAGGUGGCAGUGGAGAAGAUCAAGUACAAAUCUUUGGGGAUGUUAGAUUCCCAACUGCUCCCCCAGUCAGUGUUGAAAAAGGUGAUAUUAGACCUGAGGCUGAAAAUGUUAAAAUCAAUUAUGAACCAGGUGCAUUCGAAAUUCCAGAAUAUAACUUUCCAUCUGCUUUACCACUUCCAAAUGUAGCAGAGAAUAUUACAUGGGCAGCUGGAAAUGACCAACAAUCAAUCGCCCCUUCGCAACAAGUAGUUUUAAAUCUUUUACCAACAUAUGACUCUUUAGCAAAUGCUCAAAAUGCAGCUGUAAAUAAUAACCCUGAUGGUGGCCAACAACCACCAACCCAAAAUAACGCAUCAGCACCACCACCACCUCCACCAACUACCUCCUCAGUACCACCACCUCCACCUCCAACUGGUGCUCCACCACCUCCACCACCACCACCACCUCCACCAAGCGGUGCUCCACCACCUCCACCUCCACCAAUGAUGGCAUCAUCAAAUAACAACGACGAUGACGAUGAUGAUGAUGAUAAAGGUACCGAUGGUUCAGCAAGAGGGGAUCUUUUAGCUGAUAUUCGUCGUAAUCAUAAAAACAGAUUAAAGAAAAUAGAAAAGAACGAAGAUGAUGAUUCAGGUCCACCACCACCACCAAAACCUUCUGGUGGUGGUGUUAUGGAUGAUCUAUUUAAAGCUCUUGCUUUCCGUAGACAAAGUAUUGCCACAACAAAAGGAAAAAAACAAACCAAAGCCAAAAAACAACAACAAGAAGAAGAAGAUGAUGAUGAUCAACAAGAUGGUGAUUCAGAUUCAGAAUCAUCCGAAUGGGAAUAA